CAGCUGCUAGAUGGACACUAUAAAUCUAUAAUCAGUAGUCCAAAUUAAACAUAUAAGAUGCAAAUGGUUAUUAUGGAAUUCAUUGAAGAUUCAAUUAUUUUAUAAUCAACUGUAUUCAGAACUUUUAAAAUAUACGACUUUUAAAAUAGUAUAUAAUAUAUUUAUUGAUUAUUAUUGGUUAGUAAUAAUCAAAAAUCUUAAAAAAUGAAUGAAAAUGUUGAAAAAGUAUUGGAACAAAGGAUUGCGGAAUUGGAGAAGAAACUUUUUGGUUUGGAAGAAAAGGUUAAUAUGGACUCUGUUCCUGAAAGUAGUGUUAUAGAUAGUCUUUCUCAUGCAAAUACCCUAAUAUCAUCUGCCUUGUCUGGCAGAGACAAAAUCAAUACAUUAAUCCAAAGGCUACCUGAAAUUGAAAGUUAUAUUGAAUCAGAUUUUGAACCUACAGAGGUGCAAACUGAUGUGAAAUUAGAAUAUAUUGAAGCAAUGCAAGCUGAAAUAAAAGAAAAUGCUAUAAAGCUCAUUAAAUUGAAAGAACUUGCGCCAGUUUUAGAAAGUGAUUCAUUCAAGAAUUUACCAGAACUCUCUGAAAAACUACAUAAUUUAUCAUUGAAGUAUAUUGAACUAGGCAAACGAGCUGAAAUUGUGAAUAGUGAUACCCGUAAUAUGAUUUCUAGGUAUAAUGAUAUCAUCACCAAUAUUUCUAAAACAUUAAUUGAUAUGGAUGCAAAAGUAACUGCUUUAGAAAAAGCUGUUGAGCCAAAAAAAGCAAUUGAUUAAAUAACUCGAUAUUAUACAUAAGAAUAAGAGUUUAUUACAACAAUAUUUUUUAAUUAAAUGCAGUUAACUUAAACAACUACAUUUUUAUUUAUAACUUAAAUAACUAUAUUUUCAUUUGUAAUAAAAUACUUGCAAUCAUAAUAAUGACUAUACAUGUACAUUAGAUCUUAUUUUACAUAACUUUGAUAUAACAAUUUAUUUUAUGAUAAGACUAAUAUUAUUAUUUACAUGUACUAUAUCAAUAUUAUAUUAUUAAAACUUGU